CGUCACUGCUUGCGUCAUUAGAGAAACACAUCAUACAUGACUGACUUCAUUACAUGAGAAUAUUUUUACCAUCUUGAAAUAAACACUAAAUUUUAUAAUAAGUAAAAAAUAAUUAGUAAUUUCGAAGUAUUAUAUCCGUUGUAGUAGUAGUCAUGGGGGCCACUUAGCGUCUCGCAAUUCCCAAUUCCCCGCGAGAUCUUGUUGUGUACGGUACGGGAGAUACCAUUUGCAUUAAUUGUCUGUUUCAGCUUAAUACGCAGCGUUUUGUACACAUAUUUUAUUUGUCCAUGAUCCCUAUGGACCCUAAUCUAAUACAAAGCUCUGAUUUGGACUUUCACAUUUUUAUCAUUUAUAUUGGGCCAUUGAUGGGCCUUAUUAAUCACCUGUUUUACUUCCCUCCCUAUUCUCUCGAUAAAUUUCUUAACCAAACAAAACCCAAAACCCGGAAGAUAGAUAGAAAAGCAACGUAAAGAUCAUGAACUUCAAAAAUCUCACUCGUCAAAAAAGCAAAAACUGAUAAUCUCGUCAGAAGCUACCAAGAAGAAGAAUAAGAAGAAGAAGAGCGUUUUAUAAAUGGAAGAAGAGACCCUUCUCAAUGAGAACCUUCUCCCUCCCCAGGAUUCCUCACCGGAAGAAACUCAAGUCACCGCCGUCACCACCGUAUCAAAAUCGAAAUGGACCAUUCUUGUACUAGCGAUGAUCCUCCUCUUGAUCUACUUAACCUUCGGGGUUUUCACUUACUCAUUCUUUCGAGACCAGUUCUCCGGAACCGAGACCAAUCUUUUCGUCGACGCUUUCUAUUUCUCCAUCGUCACAUUCUGUACAGUCGGUUACGGCGACAUUGUCCCGUCAACUUCAACGACCAAGAUCUUGACCAUUGUCUUGGUAUCAACCGGCGUCGUAUUUCUCGAUUAUCUACUCAACAGCGUCGUGAGUCACGUUCUAAGUCUUCAAGAAAACGCGAUUCUUGAUCGAAUCAACAAGACAAGAAACAGAGCGAUUAGAGAUCACAUUGCCGAAGAUGGGAAGAUAAGGUUAAAGUGGAAACUUUGUUUAGCGUUUUGCGCCGUUGGUCUCUGCGUCGGAAGUGGAGCUUUGUUUCUUCACGUUUUCGAGCGACUGGAUUGGUUAGAUUCGGUUUACUUGUCGAUUAUUUCGGUUACGACGGUUGGUUACGGAGAUAAAACGUUUAAGACACUUGAAGGGAGAGGUUUCGCAGUGUUAUGGCUUCUUCUUUCAACUAUUGCAAUGGCUACUUUGUUUCUUUACUUGGCUGAGAUGAGAAUCGAUCGUACUACUGUCAUGAAAUUGCCCACGAGUGAAUCAGAGUUUAUUGUGUUCAAGCUUAGAGAAAGUGGAAAGAUUAGUGAGGAUGAUAUAAAGCAGAUCGUAAGAGAGUUCGAGAAUCUUGAAAAAGUACCAUCAAGCGGGUCGUGACAAUUUGCCAAAGAUCACAUUGCCCUAACUCUAGCCUGGUAAUUAGAUAUGAAAUUGCAGAGCUGUACAUGGUUAGCUUUUCUUUUUGAAUUUUAGUAGAAAAAUGUAUAGAAGAAUCAUGACAAUGAUGAUGAUGCUACUCUGUUUUGACCUCUUGCGACUUGAAAAGGAAGAAAAUACACUGGUAUAAUUUAGUCGUU